UGAAUGGCUUAGUAUCGACCAUUGAAUGAUGGUUAGUAGAACUUCACAUAAGCUACGAAUCCUUAGAUUGUUGCUGGAUUCUAAAUUUUAAGAUAAAGUGUGGAUUUAGGAAUGCAGUAAAGUGAAUCAGCUCGUAAGAGCUCCAUGAAGGCGUAGGCAUUAGUUUCUAGAUAAAGUCAAAUGCUUAACCAAAUGAAAGUAAGCUCUACAAUUAUAUUUCAAAGGAAUAAAAAAUUAUGGUUAAGGAUGUCAUAGUACCAGUGGAUGCACCUACAAAUACAAAACAAGAUGUUUUGAAAAAGGCUUAAAAUAAAGGAGAAGAGUAUAGGAACAUGGAUGAACAUAAAAUAGAUGUAUUGGUUUUAGCAAACAGGUAAUUAAAUAAUAUAAUUAUAUAGAUUGGGAACAAGCAAAGAUGAAGGAUUAUCUGAUGACUAAGCUGUAUAAAAGAAUCUUUAAUAUGGUGAUAAUAAAUUAUCAGAAAAAGCGAAGACUCCAUGGUGGAUUAAAUUGAUAAAAGAGAUGAUUUAGCCAUUCUCAAUUUUACUUUGGAUAGCAUCAUUUGCUUGUUUUGCUUUAUAUGGUGUAAACCCAGAGGCACUAGGAGCAAAAUCUAACUUGUGGUUGGGUAUGAAAAAAAGGCCUAUUUCUUAGCAAUUAUUCUUAUAGCAAUUAUUUUGCUGACAGGAUCAAUUACUUACAAUUAAUCUGCUAAGGCAGAUGCUUUGAUGGAAGGCUUUAAGAAUUUUUUGCCAUCAAAUUGUAUAGUAAUUAGAGGUGGUCAAAGAAAGUAGGUUCCAGCAGAAAAGAUAGUACCUGGAGAUAUAGUGGAAGUGAAGAUGGGUGACAAGAUACCAGCUGAUAUUAGAAUUAUAUAAUCUAGAGAAAUGAAAGUGGAUAAUUCUGCUUUGACAGGAGAAUGUGAUCCAUUAUUAAGAGUGACUGAAUGUACAAGUGAGAAUCCUUUAGAAACUAAGAACUUGGCAUUUUUUGGAACAUUAUGUAAGGAAGGAUCUGGAUUAGGAAUGGUUAUAUAAAUAGGUGAUAAAACAGUAAUGGGAUAGAUAGCAGAUUUGGCAACAGGAGGAGAAACACCAGAAACACCAUUAAAUAUUGAGUUGAAGAGAUUCGUUAUUUUGAUUUCUUUUAUUGCUGUUAGUUUGGGUAUAUUAUUUUUGAUUCUCUCAUUGGUUGUUGAAAAAGCAACAGUAGAUUAGGCUGUUGGAUAAGCUAUUGGUAUUAUUGUUGCAAAUGUGCCUGAAGGAUUAUUGGGAUGCAUUACAGUUUCUUUGGCUAUUACAGCAAAAAGAUUGGCAGAUAAGUAAGUGCUAGUUAAAAAUUUGGAAGCUGUUGAAACACUUGGAUCAACAAGUUGCAUUUGUUCAGAUAAAACAGGAACUUUGACUUAAAAUAAGAUGAGUGUUGAAAAUGUAUGGUAUGAUGGAUUAAAGAGGAAAGCAUUAAAUAAAUUGAUCGCAGGAAAGAAUGCUGAAUAUGAAUAUGAAACUAGUGAUCCAACAUUUAGAGAUUUACAUGAUUGUGCUAUCAUUACAAGUGAAGCUAAAUUUAAUAUUUAAACUAAAGAAAAAUAAAAUAUCAAUUGGUUAGAUACUCCAACUAUUGGAGAUGCAUCUGAAACUGCUUUGAUUAAAUUCUUUUAACCAAUAGAAGAUAUUGAAUUAACAAGAUAAAGAAGAUAAUUUGCUGAAUUACCAGAUAAAUCAUUGGCUAAGAUGCCAUUUAACUCAACAAAUAAGUUUUCUCUUUGUAUUGUAAAUUGGGAAACUCAUGAUUCUUACUAUUGUGUUUAUAUUAAGGGAGCUCCUGAAAAAUUAUGGACAUUUUGCAGUUAUCUUUUAGUUGAAGGUAGAAAUCAACCAAUUGAUGAAUAAAUUACUUAGAAAUUCAAAUAAGUUAAUUUAACUUUUGGUAAAGGUGGAGAAAGAGUUUUAGGAUUUGCAAAAUUGCACUUACCAAGAGCUGAAUAUCAUAAAGGAUAUUAAUUUAAUUUAAAUUCUGUUGAUACACUUAAAUUUAGAUUAGAAGGAUUUACUUUCUUGGGUUUGUUAUCAUUGAUGGAUCCUCCAAAAGUUACAGUACCUCAGGCUAUUAGAAAAUGUUAAUCUGCUGGUAUUAAGGUUAUUAUGGUUACUGGAGAUUAACCACCUACUGCAGGUGCUAUCGCUAAAUAAAUUGGUAUCAUUACUGGUAAAACAGUUGAUGAUCUUUUGGAUGAGAAUCCAUCUAUGUCUUAUGAGGAUGCUUUUAGACUUGCUCCAGCAAUUGUUAUUCAUGGUGAUCUUAUUGUUUAAGCACUUGAAGAAGAAGCAUCUUAAGGGGAAAAUUUACCUGAAGAAAUGAAAGAUAGAAAACUCAGAAGUUGGUGCAGUAAACCUCAAGUANAGUUUCUUUGGCUAUUACAGCAAAAAGAUUGGCAGAUAAGUAAGUGCUAGUUAAAAAUUUGGAAGCUGUUGAAACACUUGGAUCAACAAGUUGCAUUUGUUCAGAUAAAACAGGAACUUUGACUUAAAAUAAGAUGAGUGUUGAAAAUGUAUGGUAUGAUGGAUUAAAGAGGAAAGCAUUAAAUAAAUUGAUCGCAGGAAAGAAUGCUGAAUAUGAAUAUGAAACUAGUGAUCCAACAUUUAGAGAUUUACAUGAUUGUGCUAUCAUUACAAGUGAAGCUAAAUUUAAUAUUUAAACUAAAGAAAAAUAAAAUAUCAAUUGGUUAGAUACUCCAACUAUUGGAGAUGCAUCUGAAACUGCUUUGAUUAAAUUCUUUUAACCAAUAGAAGAUAUUGAAUUAACAAGAUAAAGAAGAUAAUUUGCUGAAUUACCAGAUAAAUCAUUGGCUAAGAUGCCAUUUAACUCAACAAAUAAGUUUUCUCUUUGUAUUGUAAAUUGGGAAACUCAUGAUUCUUACUAUUGUGUUUAUAUUAAGGGAGCUCCUGAAAAAUUAUGGACAUUUUGCAGUUAUCUUUUAGUUGAAGGUAGAAAUCAACCAAUUGAUGAAUAAAUUACUUAGAAAUUCAAAUAAGUUAAUUUAACUUUUGGUAAAGGUGGAGAAAGAGUUUUAGGAUUUGCAAAAUUGCACUUACCAAGAGCUGAAUAUCAUAAAGGAUAUUAAUUUAAUUUAAAUUCUGUUGAUACACUUAAAUUUAGAUUAGAAGGAUUUACUUUCUUGGGUUUGUUAUCAUUGAUGGAUCCUCCAAAAGUUACAGUACCUCAGGCUAUUAGAAAAUGUUAAUCUGCUGGUAUUAAGGUUAUUAUGGUUACUGGAGAUUAACCACCUACUGCAGGUGCUAUCGCUAAAUAAAUUGGUAUCAUUACUGGUAAAACAGUUGAUGAUCUUUUGGAUGAGAAUCCAUCUAUGUCUUAUGAGGAUGCUUUUAGACUUGCUCCAGCAAUUGUUAUUCAUGGUGAUCUUAUUGUUUAAGCACUUGAAGAAGAAGCAUCUUAAGGGGAAAAUUUACCUGAAGAAAUGAAAGAUAGAAAACUCAGAAGUUGGUGCAGUAAACCUCAAGUAGUAUUUGCUCGUACAUCUCCAGCAUAAAAAUUAAUGAUUGUUAGAGCUUGUUAAUAUUUGGGUCAUGUAGUAGGAGUUACAGGAGAUGGUGUCAAUGAUUCACCAGCAAUCAAAUAAGGUGAUAUUGGUAUUUCAAUGGGUAUCAGUGGAUCUGAUGUUACUAAAGAUGCUGCAGAUAUGAUUUUAUUGAAUGAUGACUUUGCUUCAAUUGUUGAUGGUGUAGAAGAAGGAAGAAAGAUUUUUGAUAAUCUUAAAAAAACUAUUGUCUAUCUUCUUACAUCUAAUAUUACUGAAGUGUUCCCAUACGUAGGUGAAAUUGCUAUUGGUUUACCACUUCCAUUAAGUAAUGCCUUUAUUCUCACUAUUUGUAUUGGUACUGAUAUUUUACCUGCUAUUUCAUUUGCUUAUGAAGAAGCUGAAAUUGAUAUUAUGACACGUAAACCAAGAAAGAAGGAUGAUCAUUUAGUAUCUCUUAGAUUAAUCACACAUGCUUAUCUAUUAUAAGGAGUCAUAGCCACAUCUGCAGGAUUCUUUAGUUAUUUUAGUACAAUGAAUGAAUAUGGAUUCCCUCCACAUCUACUUCUUAGUUUUAUGGGUUCACCAUAUUAAUAGAUUCCUUGGGCUCCUAUAACACUUGCAAACGGAUAAAAAUAUUCUCCACCUCCUACAAGUUGGGUUUGGGAUAUGCCUAAUAUGAACAAGUAUUUAAUUAGUAUAUAUAUCAAUUAGUCCAUUUUUAACAACUCAACCUUAUAGUCCUAAUUGGUAAAUGGCACCAGUUUUGAUUCCAGGAUUAGAUAAAGAUGGUAAUUAUUCAACGAAAGAUACAAUUGGAUUUUAAGAUACUCCUUUGAAUUGGAUAAAUCCAGAAAUUAUCUAUUAUGAUUUAAGAUACAUCUUCGUUUCUUAUAAUGCUACCGCAAAUAGAUGGUUCCCUACAUUUAAUGAAUGGGAUAACCAAUUUUCUGAUCAAUUAUGCAGAUACUUUGAUAGACCUGAUUCACUUCUUGAAGGAUCUGGAUAUCCAAUCAAUACAAAUGCUUGUUUCAAAACUGCAGCACUUAAAUAUGCUUAAACCUCUUACUUUGUUGCUGUUGUAUUGGUCUAAUGGUCUAAUGUAUUUUCAUGCAAAUGUAAAUAUUUAUCUUAUAUCUUUAGAACGUAAAAUGUCAGUUAUUUAUUCACCUAUUAACACUGUCAUGUUUUAUGGAGUUAUUCUUGAAACCAUUAUUUUCAUUUGCAUUGUCUAUAUUCCAGGAGUCAAUACUUGGUUUGGUGCUAGACCAGUUGAUAUAUUGAAUUUAGGGUAUUCAAUAAUUUAUUAAUCUUUUAUAGUAUGCCAGGUCUCCCAUAUUCAAUGUGCCUAUUUUGUUGGGAAGAAAUGCGUAAAUACUUUAUAAGAAACUUCUAAAAGCCCAGCAAAUAUGAACCAAAUUUCUUUGAAGCAAAUUCACUAUGGUGAGU